CACUCUAUCUAUCUUCUCCCAAAUUACUGCCAAAGCAAAAGCUGAAAUAAUAUCAGCUGCCGAUUCAUAAUUUUGUCUUUAGGCUCAGGAAUGAAGAAGAAGAAGAGCACAAGCUACAACUACUAGUAAGAAGAAUUCAACAACCGCAGCUUUUUCAAUUUUGGACCUUUUGGUAAUCAUUGAAAGACCGCAGCUUCACCAAUUCAUUCUUUAUCUUCGACUCUUCUUCUUCAUCAUAUUUUCGAUUCUUUUGCCAAGUCCGGAUUUGUGUUUCAGGACCCUAAUUUUAUGCAAAGUUUGCUUUUUUAUUUUUCUUCUUCUUUGGUUUUGGGGUUUUUAAUCAAGAUCAGAAUUUUAUGGAUUUGAAAGAGUCAAAAUUGUUUGGUGGGUCUUACUCCAAGUUGGAUUUUCUUUGUUUUUUGUUAUUGAGUUAGGGUUUCCUCUGAUGAUCCUAAAAGCUAUUUGCUUUCUCCUCAUGGUCUUCUUCUCUGUGCUGUAACCAGUUUUCGACUUGGAUUUAGAUGGAUGUUUCUUCAACUGGACGACCAACUACAUCCCAAACUGAUCAAGAUCCUUUGUUAAUGGACCUCAAUAACCCUGAUCACAUCGUUGAUAUCACUAGCAUUGACUCUUCAUCAAGAUCUUCCAUCGAUGACUUAACUCCUCACCUUGUUGAACAAGAGACAACAUCAUCAUCAUCAUCAUCAUCAAAUGGUGGUACACGACACUUGCCCCAUCCAUCUCCGUUGACUCCUCCUCAGCAGAGAUCAACAACAACUUCUUCUAGGAGAGGAGAUGAUGCCAAUGCUCGCCCUAGGAGUCCUUUGAAUUCUGGCCUUUGGAUCUCUGUUGAGUUAGUUGUCACUGUGGCUCAAAUUGUUGCUGCCAUAGUUGUUAUGGUUCUCGCUAAAGAUGAACAUCCAGAAGCGCCGUUGUUUACUUGGGUCGUUGGAUAUACUUCUGGCUGUAUUGCCACUCUCCCUAUUCUCUAUUGGCGUUUUCGCACUUAUAACCGAAGUACAGGGCAAGAUUCUUCACAACGUGCUACUACCUCUUCUCAAGGCAAUAAUAAUAACCCUUCAGAGUCCACACCUUAUACUGCCGUCUCAGUUGCUCAAGCAGCAGAUGAAGAAAACGGCACCGAGUUGAGUGCAGCUCCUAGAAACAAUCAAGUUAGGGAAAGCUUAAGAACAAGACUCAACGGUCUGGUGGACCACUUCAAGAUGGCCAUUGAUUGUUUCUUUGCGGUGUGGUUUGUUGUGGGGAAUGUAUGGAUAUUUGGAGGUCACUCAUCUCCUUCUGAUUCUCCUAAACUGUACAGGUUAUGUAUAGCGUUCCUUACUUUUAGUUGCAUUGGAUAUGCAAUGCCAUUCAUACUAUGUGCAACCAUAUGCUGUUGUUUGCCUUGCUUAAUCUCUGUUCUCGGAUUUCGAGAGAACUUCUCACAAACUAGAGGAGCCACUGCAGAGGCCAUCAACACACUGCCUGUCUACAGGUUCAAAUCAAAAAGUAGAAAUGAUUUGGAAUUUUCAGAGGAAGGUGAAGGUGGGUUUCUUCUGUUGGGAUCCCAAAAGAAACGUCUUAUAUCAGGGGAGGAUGCCAGCUGUUGCAUCUGCUUGACUAGAUAUGGAGAUGACGAAGAAGUAAGAGAGCUGCCAUGCUCACAUGUCUUCCAUGUAGAUUGUGUAGAUAAAUGGCUUAAAAUCAAUGCGACUUGCCCUCUCUGUAAAAAUGAGGUCGGAGAAAGCAGCAGUGCUUCCUCAUAGACAAAAGCUGAGGCAAAGAGAGAGUGCAGAUUGGAUUUGGACCCGUCGUCUUCGAUGUGUAUAGACUUAAAAACUUGUAUAGUUGAGUUGCUGUUUAUUCAUUUUGUUUGUUGAUGAGAUGUAACUUUCCAAAUCAAUAAAAUUUCAAAUAAUGUGUUAA